AUGUUGUUCCUCAAUUUCUUACUCUCCUCAGCGGCAAUUGCUGUAGCUCUGCCCACUUCGGGAACAUCUGAAGGCAAUCAGACCCAGCCCUUCUCUCAGACCGGGCUUGCACCUUGGAACGCCGGCGCUGUGAACCAACAUCCCAUUCAUUCCAGCUGCAAUGCAACCCAACAUCGCCAGAUCGAGUUAGGUCUCACUGAGGCUAUUGCUCUGGCUCAACAUGCCAAAGACCAUAUUCUGAGAUGGAGCAACGAAAGUGCAAUUUACAGAAAGUACUUUGGUGAUCGUCCCUCCAUGGAAGCAGUUGGCGCGUUUGAUGUUGUGGUCAACGGUGAUAAGAAGGAUAUCUUGUUCCGAUGCGACAAUCCUGAUGGAAACUGCGAGCUUGAAGGUUACGCCGGACACUGGCGCGGCGAAAAUGCCACACACGAGACCGUUAUCUGCGACCUGAGUUAUGAAACCCGUCGUUCCCUCUCCACGAUGUGCGGCCUUGGAUACACUGUCUCUGGAUCCGAAACCAACACUUUCUGGGCAAGUGACCUUUUGCAUCGGUUGUAUCAUGUCCCUGCCGUGGGACAGAACUGGAUAGAUCACUUUGCAGAUGGUUACGAGGAGGUUGUUGACCUGGCGAAGGAAAAUGCCACUUUGUCAACUCAUGACUCGGAAACUCUUCAGUACUUUGCAUUGGAGGUUUAUGCCUAUGAUAUUGCGGUGCCGGGAGUCGGUUGCCCGGGUGUUCAGCAUGAGCACGAAGAUCAUGCUGAUGAAACAACAUCAACUCCUUCUGCAACUACCACUGACAAGCCUUCGACUACGUCUGAGGUGCCAGAGAACUGCCAUACACACGACGGUGGCGUUCUUCACUGCACCUAG